AUGUCGCCGCGUACGGUGCUUCCACUCCACCCAAUCCCCUCGAGCGAAGUGACACAGGCCGAACGGACGGCAGUUCUUCACUUCUCCGCCCGUUUGGUGAGUUCGCGAGCGAUUCUUCGUCAUGCAGCCACUUACAACUACUACUACUCAUGUACUCCGCCGCCCCACGCCACCGGCCGCCUCCAGGACGCCCCCGCCACCUCCACCUCCAUCCCCGAGCAACCGAGCCGCCCCGCCGCUCCGGCCGCCGGAGCUGCCGCUGCCAUCGGCACUGGUGCCUCCGAAGAAGCGCCGGGUCCUGCGGACUCCGCCCAAGGCCACCAUCCCUUUCCUUCCUGCCCCACCUGUCCCCGUAGCGGUCGCGGUCCCAGCCCCCACCCAACCGCCCCAGGUGGACGACGCAGAGUCGCCUCUGUUUUCGGCCCAAAAACCCUCGCCGCCGCCACCCGCGGAAAACCCUCUUCGCCGCCGCCACCACCUCCACCCACGGAAAAACCCUCUUCGCCUCCGCCACCUCCUCCGCCGCCCGUGGAAAACCCCUCUUCGCCGCCGCUGCCGCCACCUCCACCCGCGGAAAAAACCUCUUCGCCGCCAACGCCGCCACUCGCGGGAAAACCCUCCUCGCCGCCGCCUCUUCCUCCUUUGGCUGUGGACGAGAAACCCUCCGCACCGCCUCCGACCGACGCGGCCACGGAACCGGCUCCCGCAACAAAGCCGCGUAAGAUCACACGAAAGGUACGGACGAUCAAAAGAAGGGUCCCCAAAGGCACGAUCGCAGCCUGGAAGGCUGCGGCGGAGGCGGCUUUGGCUGCCGCCGGAGCGUUACAGCCUGGGAAGGGACACGCUCUGGACUAUUCCUCUCAAAAUGCUGCCGCGGUGGAUGAAGUGGUGCAGAAGGAACAGAGUUUUGGGGGACACACAAUUGAAAAACUGGCCACUGCUGUGUGUGAAACACUACUGGGUAAGGGGACGGCUGUGUGUGAAACACUAUUGGGUAAGGGGACGGUGCGGGGAGGAACACUAGCCAGUGGGCUGGCAACGGAUAUUGGUGGUGAGCAUGAGGUGAAGAAAUUGGGGAGCAGGGGUGAGGACAGGGCUGAGGUGGUAAUGUCGGAGCGGCAGAGGAGGAGGAUGACAGAGGUGUUUGUCGAUGGACUCAGUAGGGACACAAAGGAGGAGGACGUGAGGGCAGCGCUUUCAGUGGCGGGGGAUAUCACGGAAGUUCGCAUGAUCAUGGAUGCAACGACGAAGAAGAACAAAGGCUACUGCUUUGUGCGCUACCGUGAGUCUGCGCAGGCAAGGAAGGCCAUUGCAAACUUCAGCAACGUUAAGAUUUGUGGAAAGCAGUGUCGAGUUGCAGCUCUGGGUGGGAAUGAUAAAAUCUUUCUUGGGAACCUUGAUAAGAAAUGGAAGAAAGACGAUAUCAUGAAACUACUACAGAAAAUUGGAGUUGAGAACAUUGACGUCGCUACCCUUCCGGCUGACUCUAAUAAUCCAGGCUAUAAUCGUGGAUUUGCAUUUGUUGAACUGGAGACUUAUAAAGAUGCACAGAUUGCAUACAAAAAGCUUUCAAGGAAAUAUGUUUUUGGCAAGGGUUUAAAUAUAAGAGUUGCAUGGGCCGAACCAUUGAAUGGUCCAGAUGAAAAACAGAUCCACAAGGGGAUUGAUUCUUAUUACAUGGGCCGCAACCCUCACGCAGGACAUGAGAGGAAUACCUAUGCUACGUCAACUUCAAGCUACAGUGCAUCGCCCCCUGCCAUCACCGAGUAUUCUCCUCCAUAUCAUCAUGAAAGCAGGAGAUAUCGACUAGAUUCAGAUUCUGUACUAUCAGAAGAACCAUGGGGUGGGAUUCAGAUGAGGCAAGCCUGUUCUCGCAAAUCAGGGAUGUCACAUGACAGCUGGCACUUACAGAGAUGGGCUUCCACAGACUGA